AAAUGUCUUUGAAGAAGAUUUUUUAUAAACAAAUGAUAAGACUACAAUAAAUUUUGCGACUAUUUUCAACAAAAACUUUAUUUUUUGUUAAGCGACUAUUAUGCUUAGGUCGGAUAGGACUACAAUAAUCGACAAAAAUCUCUCUGAAAAAAUUUAACAUUUUCAUGGACUUUACCAUCUGAUCGAGUUGUUUGUUAACUGCUCAUACUUGAAUUCAAUACAAACAAACAUGCAUAGAUAGCACAGAGUACGGUUCUUUCUCAUCAUCAUCCCUUUCUUUGUUGAACCUUUGGAUGGCAGGAGCAAAUAGUUUGAUGAUGUUUUUGCUUCUUAUGUUGCUUAUAAACAAUAUUGGCAGUGCUUACGACGAGUGUAGAGAAUUAUCUUGUGGACUAUACAAACCUCUUAUUAGAUUUCCCUUCCAACUUAUCAAAGAGCCACAAGAUCAUUGUACAAAUCCCAAGUUUUGCUUAUAUUGUACUCAAACUAAAAACACCAUGAUUCAUCUCUCUACCACUUCAGGUCAAAUCAAAUUCCUUGUCUAUGACAUAGAUUACCACCGACACAAGAUGUUAAUUACCGACCCAGAAAAUUGUCUUCCAAAAAAGUUUUUGCAACUCAACAAUUCAUCAUUUCUACCUUACAAAUUGGAUCCACAAUCAAUGACAACAAAAUACUUUUUCAAUUGCUCUUCAGUAAAGAAACCACACUUGAGAAACUAUGAACAAACACUCAAGGAGUCACAAGAUAUGAUCACUUGUCCAAUUUAUAUGUUUAAUGCAUAUGACAGUGUCCUUCAAUUGGACUUUAUAUCAUGUACCAAGAUGUUCGAAAUCAACGCGUCAACCACGGUACAAGGCAAAUUGAGUUUAAGUUGGCCCAAUCCAAAUUGUAACAAGUGUAAAGAAAAAGGCAUGAAAUGCAAAUGGAAGAACAAUGGUAGUAAUAAAGAUGAAAUUGAAUGUUUUGACUGCAAAAAAAAAGUGAAAACAAUUCACAUACCAAGGUCUCUUAUUUUUGCUGCAACAGGUUCAAUUCUCUUGGGGCUGGUUCUCAUAUCAUUAUUUAAGAUACAUCUCUAUUUUAGAAAGAAAGAAGAGGAUCAAGUAAGAGUUGAUAACUUUUUAGAAGAUUAUAGAGCACAAAAACCUGCUAGAUUUUCCUAUGCUGACAUCAAAAGAAUAACAAGUGAGUUUAGGGAAAAACUUGGAGAAGGAGCUCAUGGAACUGUGUUUAAAGGAAAACUCUCCACCGAAAUUCUUGUAGCUGUCAAAAUGCUAAACAGUACACAGGGAGAAGGAAAAGAGUUCAUCAAUGAAGUUGGAAUUAUGGGAAAAAUUCACCACAUCAACGUCGUUCGUUUGCUUGGAUUUUGUGCAGAUGGAAUCCACCGUGCUCUUGUGUACAAUUUGUUUCCAAAUGGUUCGUUACAGAGCUAUAUAUUUCAACCAGAUAACAAGGACCAUUUUUUGGGGUGGGAGAAACUGCAACAAAUUGGUGUUGGAAUAGCCAAAGGAAUUGAGUAUCUUCAUCAAGGUUGUAAUCAUCCAAUCAUUCACUUUGAUAUCAACCCUCAUAAUGUUUUGCUAGAUGACUCAUUCACUCCAAAAAUUUCAGAUUUUGGUCUCGCAAAAUUAUGUUCCAAGAAUCUUAGUAUUGUGUCUAUGACAGCAGCUAAAGGAACAUUGGGAUACAUGGCGCCUGAAGUUCUGUCUAGAAAUUUUGGAAAUGUGUCUCUUAAAUCAGAUAUUUACAGUUAUGGAAUGUUGUUGCUAGAAAUGGUUGGAGGAAGGAAGAAUGUAGACAUGUCAUCUGCAGAAACUUUUCAUGUGUUAUAUCCAGAAUGGAUCCAUAACUUAUUAGAAGGAGAUGUGCAUAUUCAUGUUGAGGAUGAAGGUGAUGCUAAAAUUGCAAAGAAACUUGCAAUUGUAGGACUUUGGUGCAUUCAAUGGCAACCAAUAAAUCGUCCAUCUAUAAAAGCUGUUGUGCAAAUGUUGGAAACUGGAGAGGAUAAUCAGUUAACUGUGCCUCCUAAUCCUUUUCACUCGACAACUUUGGCGAGAAGAACUUUUCAAAUGGAAGUGAUUCAGGAAUAAGAAAAUAUAAUCUAUUUUGGACAAUUUGAUUAAAUCCUUCAUCUUGGAAAAAAUUUGUAUUUUAAUUUUUCAAAAUCCUGCAGUUGUAUUUAUCGUAGUAGUAUGCUUCAACAUUGUUGUCUUAAAAAUAAUUUAUAAAUUGUAAGAUGUUAAAAUACCUAUUCUCUCACCUAUGAAGGAAGCACUAUGCAGAAGCGUAAAAUAAAAGUACAAAAGAUUUGAAGAAUCUCUUGAGAAAAA